UGGGCUCCCCCUAUGGCCUUGCCCUUCUCUGGGGCUGCAUUGUAAAGGUCUGGGCUAGGCUGGCCAUGGCCUUCUUGGAAGGGCAGAGUGCCCACUUAGGGCCUAGAGAGCCCAAGCGCCUGGAAUCCGUGGCUGACGAGUGGUGUGACAGCGGUUUGGGGUCGCUCAGUGAGCACCAGCUGUGCCAGCUGCAAGGGGAUGGAGGAGACCUGCUUGCCCACAGCGAUGUGGAGAUGGAGCCCAGAGGGCAGGCUGUGACCCCUGAGCCUGGCCCCUUCAGCCCAAGUGGGCACCCCAAAGUCUUGGAGGAGGAGGACGUCUCUGAGCGACUGGACUCAGCCCUUGGGGACUCCCUGGGGGGUGACGAGGACGUGGGGGGCAUCGUGGAAGGCGUGGGGGCCGUGCGUAUCGAGGGCGAGGUGGCAGCUGUGGCCCCUGAAGCGUGGCUGCACCAUGUCCUGGGCUUCGUGACCGAGGAUGGUGACACAGCCCUCCACCUGGCUGUAAUCCAUGAGCAUGAGGCCUUUCUGGACUCCAUUCUGCAGUACACUGAAGGGACGGAUUAUCUGGAUAUUCAAAAUGACCUCGGACAGACAGCGCUGCACAUUGCGGUGAUCCUCGACGCUUCAGAUUUCGUCGGCAAAUUGGUAUCAGCAGGAGCGGGGCUGUGCGUGCAGGAGAAGGGGGGGCACACGGCCUUGCACUUGGCGUGUCGUGAAGGGCGGCGGGAAUGUGCACAGCAUCUCCUGACCCUUCCUGUGUCACAAAGGCCCUGCCUUGGGAACGGCUUCCGGGCACAGCUGGACUGCACCAAUUAUGAUGGUUACACACCCCUCCACGUUGCUGUCUUGCGGAAAGAUUUGGACAUGGUCAGUCUCUUAAUCGCGGCAGGCGCUGAUCUCAACAAACCGGAGCUGAGCUGUGGCCGGAGUCCCCUUCACUUGGCGGUGGAAUCACAGAACCCCGAGGUGGUGGAGUACCUGCUGCGGGCCGGAGCUGACCCAGAGGCCCGCAUGUAUGUCGGCUACACACCCUUGUACAGCGCCGUGCACCGGCCUGACCAAAAAAUCCCUCAGCUGUUGCGAGAGUUUGGGUCAGAGGAGCCUGACUGGGAAUCGGAAGAGAGCCUGGACAGUAACAGUGAGGAGGAGUACGAUGACAUCGUCAUCAACAGCGGGCGUUAGAUGGCCAGGAGAGAGAGAGGAUCUUCAUCACCCGGAGCACGAUCCAUUCCACGACGUGACAUUCAACCCGUGACAGCCGGCUGUGAUUUCCGUAGCAACUGUAGCUUCACUGUGAGCUUGACAUGGCUUAUUUAUAGUGGGUGAG